UGGAAUUAGGGUCAUAUUUAAGUGUAGUGCCUUUAACGUAAUUGCUUUUUUUCAAACCCAAGGUCGCUUAUAUAUGGAAUAUACUUUACUAUGUUAUUAAUAUGUUCUCAAAUAAAUGUUUCUGCGUCAUAUUGCGUCAAAUUGUAGGUAACUAAUGUAACUAAGUCUCAACAAGCUUAUUUAUGUGCAGUGAGUCAUCAGUGUCUGCUUUCGCAUCUGCAAACAGAAAGUCUUUUAAAAAAAAAUUGUUAAUAAAAAUGAAAACUGUGAUCAGUACUGUUGUUGCACCAUCAUCACACUGCUGACUAUCUUGCUACCAGAUUUAAUGUGUUUAAAUCAUAUCUUUAACCAUAAAAGCAGCAAAAAUAAUAGAAUUAGCAUUUUUGACACCAUCAGGUCUCUUCCUCUGAGUGUUUGCAGUUAAUGCUACCAUGUUACCCCUUCCUAGAAAUAGAUUUAUAUUUAGACUUCCUAGCUAACACCACAUAUGUGAUCACCAGAACAACAGUUUCCUGCUAUGCAAAGUGAUACUCUCUGUUCUAAUUUUGCUUUCUAUAUCUUUCUGUAUGUCUAUUCUUUGGUGAUUCAUAAUGGCAUCUUUCAUAGCUCAUUAUUUUAGACAACCGUGUGGUAUAGUCUAACAUCUGUCGUACUGUAGUAACCCUUGGUGUGCAUGUGGCAUUACAGCACCAGGAAAGAGAUUUAAAGUGGUUGAGGGGGCGUGUCUACAUCAGACACUAGAACUUCACAGCUCAGCUGAAGAUUAUCUAAAAUAGUCACCAUGUUGUGGACAAGAGAGCUUAGCUAUUCUGUCCUGGUUGUCGACAGCAUCACCCUGAUCACUGGUCUUCCUGCCAACCUGCUGGCUCUCUACACGUUUAUCCGAAAGGUGAAACAGCGUGCUACGCCUCUAGACGUGCUCUUGCUCAGCCUUACCACAUCUGACCUUCUCUUCCUCUUGUUCCUCCCGUUGCGUAUAAAAGAGGCGGCCAACAUGAAAUGGACUCUGAGCCCCUUCCUUUGUCCACUCUCGGGAUUCAUCUACUUCAGCACCAUCCACAACAGCACCUUGCUUUUAACGGCUAUCAGUGUGGAGCGCUAUCUAGGAGUAGCCUUCCCCAUCAAAUACAAACUGAAGCGAAAUCCUCGAUAUGCCGUGAUCGCCAGUGUCAUGUUCUGGGUGCUUUCCAUGGGCCAUUGCAGUAUAGUAUACAUUGUGGAGUACCAUAAACACAGCAAUAACACCCUCAAAGAUCUGUCCAACAGGUCCUCCUGCUACAAAGAGUUUACCAAGGAACAGCUGGAUCUGCUCUUACCUGUCCGUUUUGAGCUGUUCAUUGUCCUGUUCUGCAUUCCUUUUCUAAUCUGUUGCUUCUGCUACAUCAACUUCAUCAUUAUCCUCUCUCGCUUACCUAACUUCAACCCUCAGAAACGCUCCAGGGCCAUUGGGCUUGCUCUAGUCACCCUCCUGGUUUUCAUCAUCUGCUUUAUACCGUUCAAUGUGUCCCAUGUGGUGGGUUUUGUUGGAUGGUACAGUCCACCCUGGAGAGUCUACACAGUAUUACCCAGCACCUUCAAUGCCUGCUUGGAUCCCUUUAUCUUUUAUUUCUCUUCAUCAGCAGUUCGGGAGACCUUCCACGACAUAAUUCAACGGUUCCUCAAUUGGCUAAACCGUUCCUUUGGUCAGAAAUGCAACUGUCUGCAAUUAGGCCGCUCUACUGCUUAUGAGGAGAGAACACAGAGUUCCAAUGAUACGAUAUAGAGUCGUACAAUUGUUGAUGAGCAGUAUAAUUUAACCCCGAUUACACAGUCAGAUGUGUGUCUAGGGGCGGUUUCACAUUUUAAACCCCCAGAAAGAUUUCCAAUAGCUAUUGGUGGAUGGUUCAAACGACACACGUGAAUGAUAUACCAUUGUUUUUCAAAGUAAUUGCACACGAUAAUGACGUUCAUAACAGGUAAUCAUUACAUUCCUAUAUACGGUGUAUAACCACCCAAAAUGUCAAACGAAUCAGACCUUUCGUUUGUUAAUCACAUGUUUCCUACCAGCUGAGGAACUGGAUUAACCAAUCAGGAUCAUGCCUUUUCUGUUUAAGAGAAAGCCAGUUAGUAGGUUGCAUGGCGGCUUAGUGGUUAGCACGUUUGUCUCGCACACCUAGAGUUAGGGGUUUGGAGUUUGCAUGUUCAGAAUUUGUGGUAGUGUGCUUCAGGGGUUUUCUCCUGGUACUCCAGUUUCCUCCCCCAUUCCAAAGACAUGCACUGUAGGCUGAAUGGCAUUUCCAAAUUGUCCAUGGUGUGUGAGUGUGUUAGCACCCCAUCCAAAGUUACCCACGCCUUGUGCCCCGAGUUCCCUAAGAUAGUCUUCAUGUUGGUUGGAUGGAUGAAUGGAUAGUCAGUUUAUUACCCUAGCUAAGCUGAGAGCCAAUCAAAUGCUGGAGGUGCAAUGCAGGAGGAAAAAAAAGAAGGUUUGAUUUUUUUUAGGUAAAUUACAAAUUUCCCCUUAUUACUAGCAUGUUAUUUUGAUCAUUUCCUGUGGAACUGUCAUAAAGGUAAUUUAAUUCCUAUCCAUACUGAUAUUAUUAGUAUGAAAUGAUUGAUUGACUGUACAUUCUGGCUUAAAUAAUUACACGACAAUUAAGAACACCACCACUGCUUCUACUAUUAUCUGGCAUCCACCCAAAUGCAUAGCAUAUUUCUUCACCCCACCUUGAAAUGAAUUCCUGGCUACACCACUGAGACAGUUUGCCCUCUAUGGUACCCUCUACUCACCUGCUCAGAACUGUGUUCUCCUUUACAAUCAGUAUUAGUUGAGCAGUAAUGCAGAACUUUUUAGCUUUUUGAUGUUUUGCUUCUACAAAAACUGUUAUUUUGAAUUACUUGCUAUAGUUUAUAUUGUUAGUAUGCUUGUUUUUGCUAACUUUUGAAAAAAAAGUGCUUCAAUGUUUUUGCAUUUCUAAAGACUUUUCUGAAUGUUUUAUUUUUUUUUAAUGAUUUAUGUGUCUAAUUGAGUAUAUGAUUAUUAUUCCUGAGGGAUCAGUGUCCAUGAUGAGUUUAGAAUUACCAUCUGUCAUUAAUCUUGCAAUGUGACUCAACUGUCUAGACACUUUCACUGUGUAUAAAAUUGAGCAUGUUCUUGAAAAAGUUAUCAGGACCUACUUUUCAAAGGUUAAUCCUGACAGCUGUGUCAAGGAGAGAAUAUUGUCAAACCAUGAGAUAGUCUUAUCUUUAAAAACAAAUAAAGGAUAAAAUGAUCUACUUUUAUAGUUACAUGUGACACACAGAGAAAGGCACUCAAAGUGUGAGAAAGUACAGUGUCAGAGGUAAUGGCUUAACAUUUUGGAACCACAGGACGGUGAGGAGAAAGAAAUACACACAUGGCCCAUUACCACAGUGUGAACUAAAAUGGCAGCUCUAUUUUUUGUGCUAUUUCCACUUACCAUUCGAAGGCGCUUUUUUCUAGCCACUUCCAAUUUGCAUCAUAGUUCUUUGAGAUGUUAUUUGAAUAAAUA